UCAUUUUUGGUUAUAUACCGAAAAUUCUAUUUGAAAAAUUGUGCAGAAUCAUAAGGAAAGUAAAGAGCCAUUAAAGUCUUUUGUAUAUUGUAAAAUUACGAGGUGCUAUCAAAAGAAAAUUGUGAAUGUUGUGCAUCACAAAUCAAGCUGACGGGCAUUUUGGUUGAAGUUGAUGAGACUUUCACGCUGAGGUGCUUUCUAUUUGGAUUCAGCUGAUUUUCUCAACUAAAGUACACGCUGGCUUCAAGUUCUUGUUGUCCCACACUGAUGUACGUACUCACUGAUAAGAUUCACGCUGGCCGUUAUCCUCAGCCCUAACACUCAGUGUCUCCUUCCAACAUCCUUAAGAAUAUCUUAAUUUAGUUUUUUGUCAUCUGUUUGUCUCAAAUACUCAGCUUCUUUAUUUUCAUCCAUUAGUCUUUCACACUGCAAUUCAAGCUGAUCAAAAGUUCACACUGAUGAUCGCUAAUCAUUCACGUUGAUUGGUUUUCGUUGAAUCUCACCUGUCUCCCACAAAGUUCCAUCUGGCUUCACAGAAUUCCACUAGCUUCAUCCUUAUCCGCGUCUUUUCAGAAAAGCAAGAGUCUUUGUGUGUUCGACGCCAAGGGGCAGUUUGGUCAUUAUACUACAGGUAUUGAUGAAUAUGUUCAGGGGCAAUUUCGUAACUUCACUACAAGUCUGAGAGUCAACAACCUGUUCUGCAAAAGUCAUGUGAUUGUUACCACCAAUGUUCAACAACCAUAGCUUCAGUGUCAUCUUCAGAGAUGUAGGGAACGAAGAUAUUCAUCAAACAGAAAUUGAUGAGCGAAGUCUCUGGUAUGGAGUCAAUCUCGUUGAGCUGAACAACUUUGAAGAGCCAAUUCUCUUGGGAGAGAAAAGCUAUGGGACCCACACCAGUGAACAAUUAUGAAAAAAGGACAAAAAAAAAAGCAAGGGUAUUUUUGGUCCAUGUUAUCACAAAGGUUUGAAGACUGUGAUUCUUGCUUGGACCGAUGGAUAAAUAGUCUAUUCUUUGUCAUGACACAACUAAAGGUGGGUGCAGUAAUAGUUGAAGAAAGUCAUGUUGGUUAUGAUAAAGUUGUCACAAAACGAACGAAAGGGAAGGUCAAAGCCUAUGGUUUGCUGGUCUAACUCCUAUUAAAGCUGCAAUAGAGGUACAAACUCUCGUCAAGACUCAUUCCAGCGUGAUCUGACCUCAGAAUGGUUUAUUUUAGUCUUUUUGCAUUCAUGAUUCAUUAAGGGGUGUUAAGGGACUGUACGGUCUUUUAUGAUGUUUUUACAUUUCAAACUCAAAAGAAAUCAAAAGCAUAGGAUAUGAAAUGAAAAGAACAAAAAAAAAAAGUUGGCAUGGGUCUAACAAGGGCAUUAUCGGUAUUUCUGGAUUCUGCUCUAAUUCUUAGGUGGGCUGUUUGAAUAAAUUCUUUUAAGCAAACUGAAGCAGAUCAAGUGGGCUAGACUAUAUGUGAUAGUCAAUGGUAUUAUUCUCCUUCGUUGCUAUCCAUCAAGAAACAGGAAGUCUCGUGAGUCCAUUGAGAACCGAAGCAAAGUAGCUAUAUGUGAUAGUCAAUGGUAUUAUUGUCCAGUUUGUGUCAAACAAUAACAAGAUUAUAGAAGGCUGUUAUGCAUUCACUCACGUACAACAUUAUAGAAAGGGGUAAGAUGGGAAAUCAACGUACUAAAGAUAAUUUUAUUAGUUCAAGGCUUUAGGGGCAUUUUAGGCAUUUUAUAGUAAUUAGCUAUUAUGGCAGAUACUAUAAGAAGGGGGUAGUGGGCAGGGAGUGAGGUUUCUAUCUUUUGUGUGAAAAUUGGAAUUCAUUCCUAUUAGGAGAUUAGCUAUCUCGAAUCAGCUAAACUAUCUUCAUUCUUGUAAUCAUUUGGUAUUAUCGAGUGUUUUCAAUCAAUAUUAGAGUCUUUGACUGUUUAUGUGUUAUUGAAUCAGUUCUUAGAAUCCAGUUCAUAAAAAAUGGUAUCAGAGCAUUCAUUAGGUAUUAGGGCUGGAGAUAAAGGAGGGAAGGAGGCUGGAGAAGCUCAACUCAAGAGGAUUGAGUUGCUAGAGAUAGAAUUAGGGAAUUUGUACGAUCCAAUGGAGAAUCAAGGGCAUCUGAUCCAACAUAACACUUACACCAUAGCCUCUCUCCAGCUGAAGAUGGACCAGAAGUUCGAAGAGGUUUUGAUGGAAAUAGAAAAGAGCUGCCCAGAAGAACCAAAUGGAAAGAAAUCAGUGUGAGAAGAGCACAACAGCGACCCUGAUUUUUCGCUGGUGGAGACGACGAAAUGGACAAACCCUCUCGGUAAGGGAUCUAGUAAAGGUUCAAGAAAUGGAACCGGAGGUGGUUCCGGCGGCAGAGGCGGCGACCAUACUACCGGAGGUGAAUGCAGAGGAGGGAUCAACUGGAGAUUUCACAAAUGUGAGAUGCUCUUGUUUGAUGGAACUAACACAGAGGAGUGGAUUUUUAACAUGGAAAGGUCAUUCUAUUCAUAUGAAGAUGAAGAAAUGAUGGAAGUUGCUAUGAGGUCUCUAGAGGGCAACACCUUAGUUUUCUAUGAAUGGGAGCAUCGGGGCGACCCAUAAAAGAUUGGGAGGAGUUGAAGGGCCUUAUUCGUCGUCGAUUUCGCUCUUUAAGGGUUACAGCAGAAUGGCAGUUUAGUGCAGUUUCCCAGGUGAAGACACCAUCGAAGUAUCGGAGUAGCGUGCGUCCGGAGGUAACGAAUCCGUUAGAUGAUGGACGAGAAGAAGUGCUUUUAGGUUUUCGCAAAAAUGGAAUCGGAACGAACAAUUGGGCCAAAAUCACAACCUUAGACUCACAUAAACCAGAUCAGAAAAUGGAUCGGAAAAAGGUAACAAUUGCAACCCAAGCCUUGUCAUUACUAAAUCAGUUAAGGGUGUAGAAAACUCAAGUCUACUGAAGAUUAAAGCAACGAUACCCAAAUUAAUCAGAAUCGACAAUUGCUUCACCAUCACUCAUGCAAGCACCACCUUCUUCGAUCCUCAAUUCAAACUCAAACAUGGAGUUCUCGCUCCAAUCACACACAGAUCGUCAUCAACUCGACUAGUGUUCAAUUUCACUGUUUCAUCCAAGAUAAAUCAUAUGGCGAUAGAUAUCGUACAUGAUGCUGAAAUUCAACAAGAAGUGCGACAUCAUGAGAUAAAUGAUCCUUCAGAAAAUUCUAAAGACGAGAAAUAUCAUGGGGCCAAUGGCAUAUGGAGGGAGUUGUCUGAGAUAAAGCUAUCAACGCUUCUUUCUAUUAUUAAGGUUUUGGUUGACUGUAGUAGCGUUAUUGAUCAGUUAUGUGUGACAAAGCUCAUUCUACAUGAUCAACAAUUUUUCCAGAAGCUGAUGGAUUUGUUUAGAGUGUGUGAAGAUUUGAAGAACUAUGAGGACCUUCACAUAAUAUACAAAAUUAUCAAACGGAUCAUCCUCAUUAGUCCACAAAUCCUUGAGAAAAUAUUUUCUGAUGAACUAAUAGUGGACAUUGUUGGAUGUCUUGAAUAUGACCCUGAUGUACCACACGUCUGCCAUUGCAACUUACUUAAAACACAUGUAUUUAAGGAGCCAAUACCAGUUAAGAAUUCCCUAGCUUCAUCAAAGAUGCAUCAAGCAUACAAAGUCAGUUACCUCAAGGAUGUUGUUUUACCUAGAUUAUUGGAUGAGGUAACAAUUGCAAGCUUGAAUUCCAUAAUCCACUCAAACAAUAGAAUGGUUGUGACUAUGUUGAAAGAUGAUACCAACUUUGUGAAUGAUUUGUUUACGAGGAAUCUUGUAUCUGAAGGCAUAUUUGAAGUGAUUGGUGAUGGGAUUGUUCACCAGAAAGAAUCUGAUGUACAUGAGCACUCACUGAUGAUUGAUUCAAUAAUAGAUGAAAAUGUUGCUUUGAUUAUUGACCCUUUGGCUCCUUUAAUGGAAGCGGUUAAGAAUGAAUUUAUUGAGACCGAACUUGUUGAUAAUAUGGAGUUGCCGCCAACUCUAAUUGAGAAGAUUAAAGAGGAGGUUAAACUAAAGACGAUGAAAGUUCACGUGUAUGAGAAUGAUUGCUUACAGGUGGGGGACCUAAAGUAUGUAGGGAAUCUGACCAAACAAAGUGUGAUUGAAGUUGGAGAAGUGUUUGGACAUGAACAUAUUUAUGUUACCUUAUGUAGUGUGGUUGAUUUUCUUGACCAACAUAUCAAGAAGCAUGACAUCAAGAAGGGUAGAAUGGGUGUUCGGGUUGUCGAGAAUGAUGUUUUGGAGUUUUAACAUCUUGACAUAUUGGGGGUGUUGCAUACUGAGGUGAUGGAGGUGCUAGGGGUUGAGAGCAAAUCAUCCAAGCUUGGAAAAUCCAAAGAGGCAGUAACCAAGGUUGUUGUACACGUUACUACUGAAGUUAUUAUGACUUCAACUGAAAGAAGACCACCAAUCACCUGGACCAUAUGGGAGGAUUUGGAUAUUGUACAAAAGACUUUCCCUUUAUCCACCUUGAGGACAAGGUGUUUCUUUCUGGGUGGGAUAUUUUUAUGCAUUCACUCACGUACAACAAUAUAGAAAGCGGUAAGAUGCGAAAUCAACAUACUAAAGAGAAUUUUAUUAGUUCAAGGGCUUUAGCGGCAUUUUAGGCAUUUUAUAGUAAUUAGCUAUUAUUUCAGAUAAUAUAAG